AUCUCGCUGAAGAGGUGGAGCUUAACGAAAGCUUGAAUUCCUUCUGAGAUCUUCUGAGCGUUUUCUUCUCGGUUAUCCGCUAAAGGUUACAUCGUGGAAUCCAAUUAUCCGAGCUAUGUAUGCCCCAGUGGGUGGAAUGCAGCCUCCCCAAGUUCAAGGAAUGCCACUUAUGCAUGGGAUGCAGCAGCCCCCUUUAUAUGGGGUACAAACCCUACCGAACAUGAUGCCUGGAUAUGAGGGAAUUGGAGGUGGGUUUCUUCCUGCUCCACCUAUCCAGCCCAUGCCAACUGCUGAUGUUCAGCCAGCACAGGACUGGAGCGUUCCUGCUUUAACCAAGGAAGAGGCCCAAGAGGCUUUUCACGACUAUGUAAACAACAAUUGCUGUUAUGCGAAUGGUCCAGCUAAAGAUGGUGUGAUCACCAAUAUGGAACAGUUCAACACCUAUAGAUAUCGUUUGGAGACUUACACAGAAUCCAGAAAAACUGAGUGGGCUAGCAAGCCUUAUGACGGUCAGCCGCUGACCACCAACACACAGAUUGUUCCCAAUCCAUGGGAAGUCUCGGUUCAAGUACCAGCCAUGUUUACUGAAGCUACUCAGGAUGUUGAAGUGCCAAAUACAGCAUCAGUCAAGCCAUGUGAAACCUGUUCUGCCUCAGGAAAAUGCCACUGUACCAAAUGUAGUGGAGCCAAGACUAUACAGUGCAGUAUGUGUAGGGGCUCUGGGAAAGUUGCAGAAGAACAUGUCUGUGAAAAAUGCGAUGGCACGGGCAAAAUGCAGUGCCCUGAUUGUUCAGGUCAAGGAACAACUGUAUGUGCUACCUGCAAAGGAAAACAGAAGCUAUUAAUGUAUAUCAAGCUUACAGUGGAAUGGAAAAACAACAUCGACGAUUAUAUAGUGGAGCAGUCAAGUGGUCUGGAAAAAAAUAAGUUGGAUGCGGUUACUGGAAAGAAGCUCAUCAAAGAUACUAAGUAUAUGGUGUAUCCUUUAAAUGGAUUCCCAGAACCUAAUUUGGCUCAAGCAUCUGAAAGAAUGGUCAGAGAGCAUCACAGCAAGUUUUCCCAGACAUCACGCAUCAUGCAGCAGCAACAAAGUGUUGAGCUAAUUCCCAUCACAAAGGUGACAUACCGAUGGCAGGAAAAAGAGUACAUUUACUUUGUUCAUGGGAUUGAGUCAAAGGUUGAAGCAGUUGACUAUCCAGCUACAUGUUGCUGCACUAUACUUUAAAAGGUUUAUACUGAACUUCCUAAAUGAAAUGACUUGGAUGUUCUUUUAAGGGAAUGGUUUGGAAAAAAAAGGUAUUUAAUCAUUUAUAGCAAAUAUACACAUAUAUAGAUUAAACUGCUCCAGAUUCUUUAGAAUGUCAGACUUAGAACUGUUGUGACUUAGGGCACGUUGGGAUAUGUUUAGAAUAAUUUUGUUUAUAAUCAGUUUUUUAACAUCUUAAACUUUGUAAGUGGAAUUGUGCUGGAUACAUUAAAAAAAUACAGAGUGUCACAGUAAAAAAAUCUUAAAAAACAUCUUAAUGAUGUUGAAGCAGACAAGGUGAUGCAGUAUGUGGUGCUUCACACCUCUUUGGCCCCCCCAUUUAAUCCUGACUUAAAGAUAUUGAGAUCAGGAUUUAGUGUUUUGCAUGGUUGCCCUAUAAUUGCUUGAGUUUUCUUUGUGAUCUCCCAUGUCUUCCUACCUCACAAAACAUCUAUAUCUUUAUUCUAAAUUUAUGUGUGAAUGGAUGUGUGAUUAUGUGUAUAUGGUUCCUUGCAUUGGACUAAAUUAUCACAAAAGUAUAUUCAUUCUUUAUCUUUAAGGUGUUUCUGGGAUUAACAUUAGAUCCAUUAAGACCCCUAAUGGAUAAAGUAGUUAUAAAAAUGAAUGGUGAAUUAAUGCUUUUAAAACAUUUAUAUGGAGAUGGUGAUUUUGAAUAUUAUGGAUAAAACAGAAUUCUAUUAGUAUAUUAUCUGUGUAGCUCCAGCACAAAAUAAAUGUAAAACUGCCUUUAGGUGAAAGAAAACUCUGUAUAUUUCAUGCUUCACCAAAUAUUGCUUCUUAAUCUAAAACAAUAAUGUGAAUGUUUAUGUCUAUUAAAUGUCAGGGGGAAAAUUAACACAAAAUUGGGACAGUGUUGGUUUAGUAGUUAAGACUAAAUGUGGAUAAGUUUGAGUCAAAGUUUUGCCAUAGAUUUAAUGUUGGACUGAGAAAAGUAAUUAACUCUGAACAACUGCCAAUGUGUUUACAAAGGUUUACCAACACAAAAUGUUUUCAAAAGUUUGUUUUCAUACAUAAUUUCUUUCUUUCAUAUAAUUAUUCUUAUACUGUUUUUGUGCUUAUGAAAUAUUGUGGGUUUUUUUAACAGAUUUUGGUUAAAAAAGUUUAGAAAGUAAAUUUUAUAAUAACUACUGCAGUGUAAGUCUCUGUUAAGUAGCAUUUGAUUUUCCAAAGAGUGUUCUGUCAUCCGUUUACAGGACCUGUUUGCACUGUUCUUUAGUGUAUAGUAUUCUUAACAUUGAACUAAGUUGACCAGUUGACUAAAUUUCAGUAUGCAAAUCAAUAACAUUGUCCAUAAGGAACAAAAUAUAUUCUACUAUUCAUAAAAUAACAUUUCUAACCUUUUUUUCUAGCCUUCUUUCUGCAUUCAAUAUAUACGCAGUUCAAGGCUGAAAGUGAUGUUGAUCUUUCUCAUAUAGUUAAAUGUCAUGUAUAAAAUAAUGUCACCAAGAUUUUAGCCAACUUGGAAGUCAUCUGCCUGAAAUCAGCUGCAGCUUUAUCUAUAAUCAAUACAUUAUUGUUGUCUGAUUGCACAACUAGAGCCAUGUCUGUCUAUCAUCUAUUGUUAUGAUGUAUUUGAGUCUACAAAUAAGUAUAGUAUAUAGUAAUAUAGUAAUGCAGAUACUAGAGAAAAUAGAUUGCAACUGUUCUUUAUGAUCAGAAUUAACCUUAACAUGUAUGUGCUGCAUGUGUCAUAUGUAUUCAACCACUGUCUUUGUAUACAUGAUUUACAUGUAAACCUGUGGAAAUGUAAUAAAGUGCGUGCUUCUCACAGAAUGAAAAUGAAUAGUGCCAAUAAAUCUAA